AUGCGAUCGACGAUGAGGGAAAGCUGUGUGAUGAUCGUUCUCGUUUCCUCGCUUCUCCUUUUCAUUUCGCCGAUUCACUCAACGCAAGAGGUUUUCGAUCGGCUGCGCUUUCGAUUUAACAACGCACCGCAACCUCUCUACCCCUCAUCGAUCUCCUCGUCGAAACCGGAGCGAAUCUCGAUGGAACGCUUGCAAUCGCUCAUUGACAAAUACCGGAAUUGGAAAGCGAAGAGGCCUUUCGAGAAAGAAGUGACACAAAUU